AUGCAUUAUGUGACAUUGAAACGACGAGCAUUGAACGAGUUUUUUCAUGUUUCUCAACCAACAUUUGUCAUUCCAAUUUUUCGAGCACCAAUUACAACAUCAACUAUUAGAACUACAAUAAAUACAACAAUAUUAAGCACUAAUAAAAUUUAUUCAACUGUUUUAAAACAAGAACAAAAACAAAUUGAUGUUAUAAGUACUUUACCUUCUUACUUGAACAGUCAACGUAUAUUUGAAAAUCUUGUUUUAACAAAUACUAUUGUAGCUUCAUUUUGUAUCGUUCUUAUGAUAACAUUAACUGCAUUUCUUAUUUUUCUUCUUAUGCCAUCAAUUCGACGUCGAUGGCUUAAUGAUCAACAAAAAGAUGAAAAAAACUAUGAAGAUAUAUCAGCAUUAAGUCGACAACCAUCAUUUCAUCAAUUUACAUUAGGUUCAUCUCAACUUAAUCCAUUAUUUGAACCACCAACAGGUACAACAACAACAACAACUCAAUUUGGAACAUUAUAUCAUCCUCAUACAGCAACAGCUACUAUUCUUCAUCCAACUCUUUGGACAUCAAUGACACCAACAUCUGUUAUUUCAAGCUCUGCCAUGUCUCAACAACAACAAACAUCACCGCCACCACCAGCACCGCCAAGAACAAAAACAAAAGCAACAACGACAACAACAGCACGACCACCAUUACCAUCAUAUCCUGUGACAAAAAUACAAAUAUCACCAAGAAAAUACUAA